GCACCCCGCGCGGCGGCCCGGCCCGGCCCGGCCCGUGAGGGGAUGGAGGGCGGCGGCGGGGCCGCGGCAGCGCCCGAUGCAGGAGCGGGCCCGGGCCCGGGUCCGGAGCCGGAGCCUGGGACCGGGCUGGCCCUGGGGGCGGUGACGGGUGCCCCCCUCGGCUACCUGCACGUCCUGUGGCAGCGGGAGGAGCCCGCGGGCAAGAUCCCGGCCCGCCGCUUGCGUAGGGCCACCCGCCUCCACCGUAGGCUGGGGCCUACGGGCAAGGAGAGCCACGCUCUGAAAAGGCUGCGUGAAGCUGCCAAUAGCAACGACUUGGACACAGUGCAGCAACUCUUGGAGGAUGGAACUGACCCCUGUGCCGCCGACGACAAAGGCCGGACAGCCCUGCACUUUGCAUCCUGCAAUGGCAACGAUCACAUUGUGCAACUGCUUCUGGACCAUGGGGCUGACCCAAACCAGAGAGAUGGGCUGGGAAACACCCCCUUACAUUUGGCUGCCUGCACGAACCACGUUCCUGUCAUCACCACGCUGCUGCGCGGAGGGGCUAGAGUCGAUGCCUUGGAUCGAGCUGGCAGAACCCCGCUGCACCUCGCUAAAUCAAAGCUAAACAUCCUGCAGGAAGGACUCUCCCACAGCCUGGAGGCUGUACGCCUUGAAGUGAAACAGAUUAUACAGAUGUUGCGGGAAUACCUGGAGCGUCUGGGGAGGCAUGAGCAAAAGGAACAGCUGGAUGACCUCUGCUCCAGGUUACAGAUGACUAGCACAAAGGAGCAGGUAGAUGAGGUCACAGACCUCCUGGCCAGCUUCACAUCACUCAGCCUGCAGAUGCAGAAGAUGGAGAAGAGGUAAAGGGCUUCCAAAUCAUCUUCCUGAUGCAGCAGGAGAAGCCAUAGAGAGAAAAAGAGGAAGCUGAAGCUUGCUUCCCAGAUUGCUGAAUGAACAUUGCUGCCAGCAGCUGUUCCUGCCAGAUCCACCCUCCUGUGGUGCCCAGACUGUUCCUGUUGGUGCUGCCACAGCUGCCUUAUGGGGAGACAGCGGGCUUUGGACAACAGAGACAACGGAGUGCUGCAGCUGAGACUUUUGGAAAAAAAGACCUGCUCUUCGUUUUAUCAGAUGGGCUGGCACUUAAUAGGAUACCCUUCCAGAGAUAUUUUGCCUUCUCCUAAGCACUUCAGCUCAAUGUAGGUGGUGGCUGAUGCCAUGUGCGGUCACUAGCCCUGACUAUUGCACUCAGCAGCUGGCCAACAUCACAGAAAUGCUUGGAACAGGCACCUUUUGCCACCUCCACAGUACUCAGUUGCAUGGGGGAAAAAGUAGAUGCCUCAGACAACAGAAGGCUUUGUGCUGUGAAAAGAACACACACUUAAUUCUGCAUGCUAGCAGCUGAGCAAACAUAUUGUCUUGAGAAACACGCACCGAGGCUUAAUCCUAACCUUCCCCAGAGCCUGUGGUCAGAGGGCAGAGAAUCGGACUGGUUACAAAUGGGAUACAAAGCUUUUAAUCAUUAGACUAACAGCUUUCACUGGCCCUGGUUUUUAAAUCACUGCUGCAAGCUACUGCUUAAAUACUACAGUGAAACACUUGCAAAAAAUACCCAGGUAGACAGCUAGCAGGUCAGGGCUGCCCUGAUGCAAGAUUAAGUUUGGGGGGAGGGGGGUGACUUAAUCCUAGCACAGUUUUAGGUAGACAUUUACAUCUUGAAAAAAAAAAAAAAAAAACAAC